CAAAAGGAGCCCACUAGGGCGAAGCUGGGGUGUUCUGGAUUUCUUCACCCUUGCUCGCAACUGGAAUUUGGUGGAACAUGGCGUGGUGGCAUCUCGUUGUCGCGCAACCAUGCCUCGCCCUCGGCGUGGUAGGGGUGGGCUACCUGCUUUCCCUGGCCGUAUAUCGGCUGUACCUUUCACCAAUCGCUCAUUUCCCAGGACCUAAGCUGGCCGCAUUAACCAUGUGGUACGAGUUCUACUAUGAUUCAUAUCUUGGUGGUCAAUAUACGUUCGAAAUCGGCAAAAUGCACCGAAAAUACGGCCCGAUUGUGAGGAUCAGUCCUUAUGAACUACACAUUGACGACCCAGAGUACUACGACGUUUUGUACUCUCGAGACAAGCCUCGCAACAAAUCAGUACACCUGACCGGCAUGUUCGGAGCACCAGACUCUGCCUUCGGUUCUGUCGAUCACCGUCGUCAUCGGAUACGCCGACAACCCAUGAACCCAUUCUUCUCCCAGCAACGGAUCCGACACCUUGAGCCAAUGCUUCGUGGCAUGAUGGAUAAGCUUCGCAAGGGAAUGAAGGCCUGGAAAGAAAGGAAUACACCUCUGCAUAUGUAUCAUGCAUUCAAUGCAUUCACUACAGAUGUGGUUGUGGAGUAUUCCAUGGGCGAGUCAUUCCACUAUUUAGAUGACCCUGAGUUCACCCCACAAUGGUCUAAGACAAUCCAGUCAAUCGUCCAGAUGGGUGUGCAGCUGAAGCAAUUCCGCUGGGUCAUAGGCUUUUUCGAAUUGCUUCCACGGUGGCUAGUUGUUAGCCUCAACCCGGACAUUGGCCCGGUCAUCGACCAGAAGGUAGAAAGUCUCCGGUUGGCAAACUUGAUCAUCGACAGUGAAAAGUCCAGUGCCAACUCGACGGAUAAAAGAGCCAGUCUACCAAAAAAUACAUUGUUCCAUGCGCUGCUGGACAGCAAGCUUCCUGCGGAGGAGAAAUCAGCUAGUCGCCUAAGCCAGGAGAUUUUCACGGUCAUCUCUGCGGGCGGAGAAACGACUGCGAAGAAUUUGACGACACUCACUUUUCAUCUUUUGAAUAAUCCCGACAAGCUGCAGAAACUACGCGACGAAUUGAACCGCCUUGAUCCUGAUGGGACGGCGUCUUUGGUGGAAUAUGAGACAAUGCCAUAUUUGACAUCGAUUAUGCUCGAGGGACUACGACUCACAAACGCUAUUUCGACAAGACUUCAACGCAGCUCGCCCGUUGAUCCUAUGAAAUACAAGGACUGGGUCAUUCCACCUGGGACGCCUGUUGGCAUGACAAGCAUAUUUAUGCACCAUAAUGAAGACAUCUUCCCGGACUCGCAAAGCUUCAUCCCAGAGCGCUGGAUGGAUCCAGAUCAGCGGAAGUACCUCGAAAGAUACAUGGUCGCCUUCAGCAAGGGCUCCAGACAAUGCAUUGGUAUUCCUCUCGCGCGGGCUGAGAUUCUUUUGGCUGUAGCUACAAUCUUCCGCGAAUUUGAGAUGGAGCUGUACGAAACUACUAUCGACGAUGUUCGUAUUGUGCGAGACAUGUUCAAUGGUCACCCUAGAGAGGGAAGCCAAGGUGUUCGUGUCAUGAUCAAAGGGUGGAAUGAAAGUCCUGGGACAAGCAGAAGCUCUUCAUGAUCCUUGCUCUCUUUUUAUUAUUUUUGCUGCUUUCAUUAAUGUACAUACAAUAACGACCCGACAGAGCUAACCAGACAGAAAUCGCUACUAGUACUUACUAUCUCCAAGCCCGGGGUAUUCCCGCCUCCAAAGACUUCAAGUGCGUACU